UAGCCAUCUGGAAUCAGCCUCCUCCCCGUUUGUUGUACUCCCAUUCCUCCUCCUUUUACCAGUAGGUGAACAAGCUAGAGGGAGAGGCAUGGACGGUGGAAAAGACAAAGGUGCGGGUGGAUACAGCGGGUACCCCGGUGGCUACCCUGCUCCGGCGGGAUAUCCCGGCUACCCUGUUCCGGUAAGCACGUAUCCGCCGGCGCCCGGAUAUGCUGCUCCACCUGGGCAGUAUGCGCCACCUCCCGGCGCGUACCCUCAGCCCGGGGGUUAUCAACCGCCGCACGUUGCGUAUCCUCCGAGCGGGUACCCUGCGACCGCUGGGUAUCCGCAAUAUCCUCCUACGACCCACCCUCCAGCUGGUUAUCCCGCUCAAGGGCCACCAAUGCAGGCUCCUCCUUAUGGUCACGCUCCUAUGUACGGGGGAGGCGGCCAUGGCGUAGCAGGCGGUAUGAUUGCCCGCGGCGCGGCAGCGGCAGCCGCAGCAUAUGGAGCUCACAAGGUGUCGCACGGCGGCGCCCACGGGAUGUACGGCCACGGUCACCACCAGGGCAAGUUCAAGCAUGGCAAGUUCAAGCACGGCAAGUUUGGCAAGCACAAGAAGAUGUACGGGCGCAAGUGGAAGUGAAGAGGGGAAAAGACACGGCUACUCGGAUGUACGUACGUACUACGUAGACAACAUGUAGACCCGUAUAAUUCGCCAUCUUACUCUCUCUCAUCUCACCAAUGACUCCUCGCCUGUGCCGCUCUGAAGGGGAAAAAGAUGUGAUCACCUGUGUUAUCGUUCCUUUUUCUUCUGAGGAUCACCAGCAGCCUUAUUUGUUGAUGAACAAUGUUCAUACGAAUACAAGCAAACUCGCAGAAAAUAUGGGAUUUGUUCA